UCCUCCCGCUGUCCUCCUGGUGGCCUCUGCUCAGCCAUCUGCCUGUGGACUGUCCUCGCUCAUCGUCCAUCUCUUUUCCCGUCUUCGUCUGUCGGCAACGCAUGUCUUAGCCUUCCCUACCAUCUUCUCUCUUUGCACACUAGACGUGCUUGCGUACAUCCCCUCCCCUCCCCUCCCCUCCCCUCCUCACUCCCUCCUCCCGCUUGUUUGCGAUCCCCUCCUCCCUCUGUCGUUCUCAUCCUGUCCUGUUUUGCCAAUCUAACGGCUCUCUGCGAUGGGGAAACCAUCGAAAAGGACGAAAAAGUUUGCCAAGAAGCAUUUGGAAGGAGAGAUUGCAAAGCGGAAAAGGCGUCAGGUUAUUAAAGCUCAUAGGGCGAAGAGGCUGCGACCGAUUUCUGGCGAUGGCGGCGCAAAGCCGGCGGGGACGACGGAGGGAGUAGCAGGCGGCGGUGAUGAGAAGAAGCUAGCCGCUCUGGGUGUCGAUUUCCAACAAAGUGGGGGAAAGAAAAAGCUCGCGGAUCUGACGGCGGAUGAGCUAUUCGGCGGUGAAUUUGAUGAAGAAGAGGGAGCUUUUGGCGAUGGCGGAGGCUGUUCGUCGUCUUCAGAGAGCGAGAGUGAAGUCAGUGACGAUGUCGACGCUAUGGAGGAUGGAGAGGAAGAGGAGGGAGAGGAAGAGGAGGGAGAGGGGGAGGAGGGGAAGAAACAAACGGCGGAUGAUCGCCCUCGAGGCAGUGAUGAGUCGUCGUCAUCUGAUGCAGACGAAGGCGAGGAGAAGGUCGGGGGAUCGACCACUGUCCGCGGUCAGAUUAAGAAGAUGAAAUCAGAGAUCCAACGGCACAAAGAGGAGCUAGAUGUUUUGAAGAAGAAGGAUCCUGAGUUCUACAAGUUCCUUCAGGAACACGACAAGGAGCUUCUCCAAUUCGGUGAAGAUGAAGCUGACGAUGGCGACGUCCAGGUAUCAGACGACGACGACGACGACGAAGAAGAAGAAGAGGGAGAUGGUGGGAGAGAGGUAAGAGGUGGAAAGGAGGAGAAAGAAGAGAAGGAAAGAGGGGACUUGGAUAAGAAGAAGAAGAAGAAGAAGAAGAAAAAGAAGAAAAAGGGUGAAGAGGAGGGGGAAGAGGAAGGGGAAGAGGAAGAAGAGGGCAAGACGACGACGACUGUGGAUGGGAGGAAAGUUUUGACAUCGGCGAUGGUGGAUUCGAUGUGCGAGCGGUGUAAGAAGGACGCAUCCGUCGGAUCCACGAAACAGAUCCUUCGGUUCUACGGCAUCGCUUGUCAUUUGGGAGAUGCCAAAGAUCUGGAGAAGGAUGGGGAUAAGGUUUCGCGGCAAUUCACCAUUGCCGGCAGCCACGUGUUCAAUAAGAUCAUGCUGUUUGUGUUGAGAGAGAUGGACGGCGUGCUCAGAAGGAUAGGCGAGGGGAAGGAGGAGGAAGACGACGACGAUGAAGAAGGUGGCGGCGAUGGCGGCGGCGGCGGCGGAAAGGGGAAAAAGAAGGAGAGGAAGAACAAGCAGAAGAAGAAAAAGCAAACUGAUGUUACGGCAGCACUUACUAGAGCUGCCGACCUUCCUAAUUGGGACAAAAUCGUGAAAUUGGUGAAGUCCUUUUUGGGCAACUCGGCCCAUCUUCUGGAGGAACUGACAGAUGCGGACAUGAUAGGGUACAUGCUGAGGAGGCUGAAAUCAUCCAUCUUCUUCUUAGGACCAUUCGACAAGAUCGCGAAGAAGUAUAUGAAGAAUGCCCUCCAUUUCUGGGGUACAGGGGAGGCUGCUCUCCCAUUUCUUUCCAUCGUCUUCGUCAGGGAGAUGUGUCUUCAAUUAGGUCAAGAAUACCUGGAUAUGGCGCUGAAGGGAACGUACAAGACGUAUGCAUCGGUAGCCAAGUUUUUGACGAAAUCCUCUCUCCCUCGCUUGCAGUUCAUGACCACGUGUCUCUGCGAGAUCUACGGUCUGGAUCUUGCCUUGUCUUAUACGUAUGCCUUCGUGUACAUUCGCCAGCUGGCUAUGGCGUUGCGCAAAGCGCUGACGAUGAAGACGAAGGAAGGGUUCCGUGCGGUUUAUUGCUGGCAAUUCGUAAGUUGUAUGCGGUUAUGGGUGAGAGUGCUAUGCUGCAACAAGGACAAGGAGGAGCUGAGGCCUCUCGCGUACCCUCUUACCCAGAUCAUCCUUGGCACGGCUAGAUUAGUCCCGACCGCACGAUUCAUCCCGCUGCGCACUCACUGCAUACGGAUGCUGAACGACCUCAGUGCCGCCUUGGACAUAUAUAUCCCAGUCUCUUCCCUGCUCGUCGAGAUUCUGCAGUUCAAGGAGCUGCGCCUCCCGCCUUCUGCCGGCGCAGGGAGGUCUGUCGACUUUUCGUUAACCCUAAAGGUGCCCAAAGCGACGUUGAAGACGAGGGCCUUUCAGGACGAUUGCGUGGGCGCCGUCGUGGAACUUAUGUCGGCCCACCUCUCUCAAUGGGCGUGCCACGUGGCGUUCCCUGAGCUCUCCUUGUUAGCAGCGGUGCAUCUGCGACGAUUCGUCAAAGACACUCCAGUGGAUAGGUUUCGUAAGCAGAUCAAAGGAUUAGUCGACAAGAUUGAGGAGAAUGCGGAGUUAGUGACGAGGAAGAGAGAGGGAGUGAGCUUCAGCCCUAAGGAUUCCGCCGCCGUGGCUUCUUUCCUACGAUCAGAGCGGGAGGGUCGAUCGUCGCCGUUCGUUAGAUACGCAGAUACGGUGCAGAAGCGCGCCGUCGAGUUGAGGAAUCAACGGCACACCUCUCAUGCCCUCGUCGGGGAUGAUGACAAUCCAGCAACGGCUAGAGAUGAUGAUGAUGAUGACAGUGAUGGCGGCGGCGGUGAAGGAGGUCGGCGUGAAUAUGGGAAUGGUGGCGUUGGCGGCGCGAAUGGAUCUGGGGAGUUUGGGCAGGGGAUCGAUCUCAUGGAAGAUGAUGCGGAAGGGGAUGGGGGUGAAAGAGUGUUUGGUGGGCAAUGGAUGCCGUCGAAGGAGGAAACCGAGGUGAAGAGGAAGAAGAAGCGUCUAGAAGAGGAGAAAGAGAAGAAAAAGCGGCAGCUGAAGAAUCACGACAAGAAGAAGGCGGCGGCUAAGGGUGCGGGUGAUGAGCGAUCAUCAGCAGAGGAGGAGGAGGAGGAGGAGGAAGAUGUAGUGGAAGAUCUUGUCAUGUCAUCCGACGUCGACGAUGCUGACGACGAUGAUGGGGAUGACGAGUCUGAUCGGGAUGACAUGGAGGAGGAUGGGCAGGAAGGUGAAGGCGGUAGAAGGGGAGCAAGGGGAGGAGGAGGAGGAGGAGGACGAGGAGGAGGGAGGGGAAGAUAUGGUCCAGGGAGAGGGAGAGGUGGGGGGGGGAGAAGUAAUGGCCCAGGGAGAGGGAGAGGAGGAAGGGGGCGAUUUGGCAGAGGCGGGGGGCGAGAUGGAGGUAGGUUUUCCGCCGGCGGCGGCGGUCGCGGACGAGGAAGGGAUAACGCCGCCGGUAGGAGGAGCAGUAGUAGAUCAGAAUGGGCCUCAGAAUUCAAGAAACAUAAGGGUAAAAAUGACCCUAGAGCAGGGUAUUGAUUUGACUUUGACUUUGUCGUGUUUUGGUCAACGUGUUUGCUGCCAUUGCAAGAACGCCUACAUUGUCAAUGUGCGUGCCUGCGAGCGAGCGAGAGCGAGAGCGAGAGAGAGAGAGAGAGAGAGAGAGAGAGAGAGAGAGAGAGAGAGAGAGAGAGGAUCGACUACUCUUUUAGAUGUGCAGUAUUAGCCGUCGUUAACAGACAGGUUAGCCGGUUUCGGCUGUCCCACGAUAUAUUAUAUAGUCGUUAUGAGAUAUAUAGUGAGGCAUAGAUGGAGAGGGGGCGUCGCUGCUUCGGUAUUUGCGUCAGUACAAAGUGAAUUGCUGACGUGGCCAGUUUUGUCCUUUUGCUGCUGUGCGGGAACGAGAUCGAUACAGAAUUUAAUUGGAUCUGAAUUUGUCUGCGAAUUCCCGUCUCUGCAGUCCCCAUUUGGCCUUACCGCUACCCACCUACAAUCUCUAGUUCUCUCUCUCUCUCUCUCUCUCUCUCUCUCUCUUGGUGUGUCCUUGUUGGGUGGCCGAAGGUCAUUUCCUCUCCUUGCUUGCUUUUUCAUCUGUGCCAGAAUGUCUGUCACAACAGAAGGUCGACAGAAGAAUUACAAAUCCUCUCUCUCUCUCUCUCUCUCUCUCUCUCUCUCUCUCUCUCUCUCUCUCUCUCUCUCUCUCUCUCUCUGUCUUGGCCCCUCCUCGUUGGGUGGCCGAAGUGCAUUUCCUCUCCUUGCUCCGUCAUCUAUGCCAGAAUGACAUUCUAGAAGGGUAUACGCGCAAGCCAGAACUUUCCGGUGUUUAUCUAAGCUCCGUCAUCUAUGCCAGAAUGACAUUCUAGAAGGGCAUACGCGCAAACCAGAACUUUCCGGUGUUUAUCUGACCUCGGUCCUCCGGUACUGGCAGAUAAAGUCCGGAUAUUCUGAACUUCUGAGGUCUCCUGUCCUGAUCAGGACUUAAUGAAAGUGUGUUCUCAACUUCUGAGUUCUCCUGUUCUGAUGAGGACUUAAUGAAACUGUGGACGACAG